AUUAAAAUCCGGGUUUCAAAAUCGGGUUUUUCCCCCAAUCGAAAAAAAAGCACGAAUUUUUAACCCUAGCCGCGUUCUAAAAUUCCCCCAAUUUGUUUUUUUUUUUCCCCCCUUACAAAAUUUUCUUCGAUUUCUUUCUUCAGAUCCCUUCCUUAUUCCAGAUCGAUCUUCAAAUCAAUUUCUCAAAAAUAUGGGUUACAAGCGCACUUUUGAUGGUGAGGAUGUCCAAGAGCUCAACGUUAAGCAUGCAAGACAGAUUAGUUAUUGCAAUAAGCUGACCAAGCUAGAUGAAGGAGUUCCAUAUCGUGUUUCACUGGAGAAGUCAGGUCUCAUAGCAGGAGAUGAUAUAAGUGAUUUCUAUGGGUAUAAAUGUGAGGAGAAUCUUGAGAAGGGGUUUCAGACCAAUGCGCCUUUCUCUUGGAUCACAACUGGGGUGUGUGAGGAAGAUACUCAGUCGUCUGGAGCGACGACUCAGUCUACCCUUUCUCAUGAAUCUCCUGAGUCAGAUAUACCUUGGAGACCAGUUUGCUCGGAAGAUGUUUAUUGUUCUCCGAUGUCUCCUAGAAAACAAGUUCCUGUCGGGCCGGAUUACCAGGCGGUUAUUCCUGAAUGUGUCAAGGAAGAGGCAAGUCCUCAGUCAGGUCAGGCUGUGACGGGGAAGUGUGUGAUUCCAAUGCCUGACUGUGAAACCGAGAUUUGCAAAAUUGGUCAAGGAAGAAAGGAUUGCAUUUGCCUGGAUAAAGGUUCGACCAGAUGUGUGCAGCAGCAUAUCAUGGAAAACAGGGAAGACUUGUUUGAAACUAUUGGAUACGACAGAUGUCUGGAUUUAGGUCUUUGUGAAAUGGGGGAGGAAGUAGCCGGUAAACUAACUGAAGAUGAGGAAGAUCUAUUUCACGAGGUUGUUUACUCCAAUCCGGUUUCACUAGACCGGGAUUUCUGGAAACACCUUAAGUCUGCGUUUCCUUCAAGAAGCAUGAAGGAUAUUGUGAGUUAUUAUUUCAAUGUCUUCAUCCUGCGUAGACGAGCUAUCCAGAAUCGUUCUAAAAGCCUGGAUGCUGAUAGUGAUGAUGACGAGUGGCAAGUAGAGUAUGACAACACCUUUUAUGGUGGUGAAACUCCAUCAGAUGAUAAAGCCGAGAAAAGCCUCUCAAGAGACGAAGAAGAAGAAGAGGAAGAGGUUAAUGUUAAUGCAGAUUCGAACAUGUCCUUUGAAUACCAGUCCAAUGUAAUCUACUCUCGAUGUCCAGUUAGAAACAGAGAAGAAUCCAACAUUGGUAAUUACUGGCGCCACUGCAAUGAUCUUGUGGAUAAUUCAUAUUCAUUUGAUCCUUGUGAUUCGAUACUACCAGAUCAUUGUUGGACUAAGAACAUUGAUCUGCUUCCAACUUCAAACAUCAUUGAUGAGAUCUUUGGUCAAGACCCAUGGGAUGAUUUUUCCAGAGGAAGUAAAUGAAGAACUAUCUCAGUUCUCCAUUAUUUACUCUGCUCUUAAGUUCUGAAUCUUGUGUAUGUAAAUGCAUUAUUUAAGAGAAUCUCAAGUUGGAAGUUUCAGGGAGUCUUUGUAUAGUUUAUGACCCUUGAAGCUCUGUGUUUUUGAUGCUUUAGGUUAUUUUAUUGCCUUUGUCAAUCAGAAUUAGAUUUUGUUGUAAGAAGAAGAAAAAAUCUUCAAACUGUUUAAUAAACUAACUUUUUGUUCAUAUUA